ACAGCCGCAGAGUGACAGCUCUCUUCUCUAAAAACUCCCCGCUCGUCUGCCCGCACAUCAACAAAGUGAGUUUGAGAAGGAGACAUCUGAACGUCGAGUGAAGCCGAGGCUGUUGUUGUUGUUGUUGUUGAUCUUACUGUGAACAACACAAGCACCGGGGGAGUUCAGAGAAGCUCGGUGCGUUUCCUGCUGGAUGUGAGUGAAACAACAGAGUCUGCAGACUGCUCCUCAUCCUCCGGCUGCACAGGACAGGUGUCGGAAUGAACAGAUCCAGGUCCAGCUGCCAUAAAAAAGGCCCCCAGCCUCCUGCAGUCCCCAGGAUAACCCGCAGCUCCACCCCCCAGGUCCGACACACCGACCCAGCAGAGAGCCAGGACUCUGGGCCGGGCCCGUAUGGAAAACUACGAAAGAAGCAGGCGGACUCGGCUCUGGCCCAGGACCUCAGCAAGAUGAGCGUGAGCGGACAGAACGUUCUCCCCACCAGUAAGGAAAAGACGUCCAAUGACCCCAUGCAGGAUGGACAGUCCUCUGGGUCCCGAUCUCCUCAGGGCCUCCCACCUACCUCUGCUGCCAAGCCCUCGCCCCGGGGCGGUCUGGCAUCUGUGGCUCGGCUGGUGAAGCUGGGACGCUGUAAGAAUGUGGUGGUGGUGGCUGGAGCAGGAAUCAGCACGGCCAGCGGCAUCCCAGACUUCAGAACUCCAGGCACAGGUCUGUACGCCAACUUGGAGAAGUACAACAUCCCGUACCCAGAGGCCAUCUUCAACAUCGACUACUUCUCCGAUGACCCGCAGCCUUUCUUCUCCCUGGCCAGAGCUCUGUAUCCUGGUAGCCAUCGACCCAACUACAUCCACUAUUUCAUCCGCAUGCUUCAUCACAAAGGCCUGCUGCUCCGCCUGUACACACAGAACAUCGACGGACUGGAGAAAUUAUGUGGCAUCCCAGACGACAAACUCGUGGAAGCUCACGGUAGCUUUGCCACAGCUUCCUGUCACCUGUGCUACACUCCUUAUCCAGCUGUGGAGGCCAAGCAUGCUAUUAUGAAUGGCAACGUUCCCAUCUGCACAUUCUGCGCCGCGACAGUCAAACCUGACGUUGUGUUUUUUGGAGAGGACCUGCCGCAAAAUUAUUUCCUCCACACAAAAGACUUCCCCAAAGCAGACCUGCUGAUCAUCAUGGGCACGUCUUUGCAGAUCGAGCCAUUUGCCAGCCUCGUGAACACGGUGCGCUCCACUGUUCCACGUCUCCUGCUGAACCGACACGCCGUGGGUCCCUUUCUGAAGGUCCCACUGCGGCGGGGAGACCACCUUGAGCUGGGCGACUUGGAGGACACAGUCCGGAGGUUUGCUGAAAUGCUCGGCUGGAACGAUGAGAUCACAGAGCUGAUGAGGAGUCAGGAAACGUCGACGUCUUGUGAAGGCAGAGUAAUAUCCGAGCAUCCAGGUCAGAUGGAAACGUCCGGGCCCACACCAGGGGGUCAGGGAGCAGCCAGCAGCGGCAGCGAGGAGACCGACUCGGAGACGGACAGCAAGAGCUCUGCAUCAUCCAACAUGAGCCACUGACUUUUCAGGUUUCAGACUGAUACAGGAACGUUUUGCGACAGUUUCCUCUCUGUUAAGUUCACACUAAGACUGUUCUUCAGUUUAAUUUAUGCAUUUAAAUUCAUUUGUUAUUUUAUUAAGAGUUUGAUGUUCAUAUGUACAAAUGAAAAGGUUUUAUCUACUUCAACACAUUUAAAGCACUUAUUAUGAUGUGGGUGAGUCUCAGUUAAAGCCUGAUCCCUGUAAAAAUAAAUAAAAUGUUUCUCCAAGUUUUUUUUAUUCAAAAGCAUCAACUUGUUUACGUCUUAUAUCCGCACAACAUUGUAUUUUAAAUGAAAUUUAAUAAACGCAUUGUGUCA